CAUCUCGAAAUUCAUCUCCCAAUGUGUAGUCUGUCGCAGACUUCGACAACCUCCACAAAUUCAGAAGAUGGCAGACUUACCUGAGGACCGUCUUUCCCCAGCUCCACCAUUUACUUAUGCUGGAGUUGAUUGCUUUGGGCCUUGGCUAAUAAAGGAAGGACGGAAAGAACUGAAACGCUAUGGUCUGAUAUUCACAUGUAUGGCAUCGAGAGGUAUUCACAUCGAAGUUCUACACUCCCUCUCCACCGACUCCUUCAUCAAUGGUCUCAGACGCUUCAUUUCUGUCAGAGGCCCUGUAAGACAAUUGAGAUGUGACAGGGGAACGAACUUUGUGGGUGCUGAGGCGGAGUUCAAACGAUGUGCUGAAUCCAGUGAGAAACAGGUAAAAGACUUUCUCCUGAAAGAGGGAUGCGACUUCAUCGCUUUCAAGUUCAAUGUACCUGCUUCUAGCCACAUGGGCGGAGUGUGGGAGCGGCAGAUCCGCUCCAUACGUCAGGUCUUAGAUGUUCUGCUACACCAGGCAGGCCAACAACUAGAUGACGAGUCGUUGAGAACUUUGAUGUGUGAGGCGGCUGCCAUUGUAAACAGUCGUCCGCUAACCACCGACCUCCUGAAUGAACCAACACAUUCCACUCCAUUGACUCCUAAUCAUCUGUUGACUCAAAAGUCGAGGGUCAUUCUUCCACCCCCUGGUAGUUUCUCUCGAGAAGAUGUCUACGCGAGGAAACGAUGGCGGAGAGUACAACAUUUGGCAAAUGAGUUUUGGUGUCGAUGGAAGAAGGAGUUUCUUUGUCAGCUUCAGUCGCGACAGAAGUGGACCAAGCCACAUCGCAACAUGAGAAUAGGAGAUGUGGUAAUUAUUAAAGACGAUAACACUCCUCGCAAUGUUUGGCCUCUUGGAAGAAUCGUUGAACUGUAUCAAUCAAAGGAUGACUACAUUCGUAAGGUUAGGGUCAUGGUAGGAGACAGAAAAUUAGACAAUGUGGGAAAACGAAGUAACCCAGUGACUUACCUUGAUCGUCCCAUCCACAAGCUAGUUCUUCUUCUUCCGAGUGAAGACCAGGAAUAAUUCCCAGCCAAGGAGCCACGUGACUCAUUAAGAAAGACUAAAAUGCUCAUAGAGAAUCUGAUAAUUUUCAAGUUAAUUUGAUAUUUCGAUCUGGACUAUAAUUCACCAAAACUUUCUUUGAGAACUCUGGAGCACAGUCUGAACUCUAGACUAAUCAUAAGAUAUGAAUACAUCAAUUUGUGGGUUAUGGAAACAGAAAUUGACUGUGUUAAAAAUUUGAAGUAAAACUUUGAUUUUACUGUCGUUCUAAACAUUUUGAGUCUGAUUUAAGACUAUAUUGCUUCGUGAAUUUCAGACAAUGAGUCUGAUUAUUGCAGAAUAAUUGCUUAAUCAUGUUUUUUUUUUUUUUUUUUUUAUACAUACGUAAAUAUAUAUAUCAAAUUCAAUUUGAUCGAACAUACAUCGGUCUGGAAAUUAGACAUAUUCUUCUCUUCAUUUUCUUUCAGAAGAAAAUUAACAAUUUUUUAUAUUGCAUACUUUCAAAGUUUUAUAAAAAUGCAAAGUGGAGAAUAAGAACAAGUAUGUUUCCAGUCGUAUUCAAACUUUUCAAAGAUGACUUUGUGUGUAUUUCAGAAUAUUUCAAUAUUUUCAUAUACAUGUAUAUAAUGAGCAGGAAGAACGCAUAAGUAUAUAUCAUAGAAUGUUGAAAUCUUCCAAGGAAGAGUGUUGAUUUAUCUAAAACAUCUAAAGUUUUGACUGAAUUCAAGUUGAAUUCAUCUGAGCUAUGGUACACUAUGCAAUUCGUCUUUCUAUUAUAUUGAUGCAGAUUAUAUACACGUAUCUCACAUGCAUCGAGGUCUGAAUCUAUAUAUAUGAUGUCUGAAGAUGAGAUUAUAAAAUGUAUAACGAUUGUCCUUUUUGGCAGAAGCCUUUUUUCUUGGUUUAGAUAAAUAUUCCAUGAAAAUAGAGGAAAGGUACAAAUAUUGGAGGUCAAGUUCGUAUUCUACCAAAAUGAUUUGUUUCUUGAUUAUGAAUACUUAUUGAUUUCUUGAAGUAGUCAAAUUGUGUGAACUUGAUGUUUUUAUCUAUAUACAAAAAAAAAAGGUGAAAGGCAGAAAAGUAGUAAAUUGAUGUUUUUGUUUUAGAUUGAAAGCCUUUCGAGUACUACGACACUUUCGAAUUGGAUUUACGCUUG